AUGCUAGAUCAGAUCCAUUGGUGUGGCGUGAUAUGUUGGAGACCUCUUUGGGAAGAUGUUUUGGCUGCUGCUGUGUUAUUCAUUCUGAUGUUCCCAGUGAUCAAAGUGAAUGCACUCAAGUGCCCAGAGGUUGAUCCUAUCCCAAUUCCACAUGAAUGGUACCAACUAGGUGAUCUCCUCAUUGGAGAGAUGACUUCACAGAUCCUCUAUUCCUUCAGUGAGCAUUCAUUUCAUGAACAUCCAUCUCAGGAGCUCUAUGGACUUUCAGAGGUCUUAACAAAAUUCUACCAACAUGUCCUUUCCUUGGCCUUUGCUGUGAAGGAGAUCAAUGAGAAUCCACAAAUCCUGUCUAAUGUCACCCUUGGCUUCCAUAUCCAUGACAACUAUUACCACCCAAUGAUGACCUAUCGGACAACCUUGGACUUACUCUUCAAAUCCCAACAAUUUGUCCCCAACUACAAGUGUGACACUAUGAAAAAUGUUAUGGCCAUUAUUGGGGGACUCACCUCUGAAACGUCAUCCUAUAUGGCAGACAUUGUAGGUUUAUACAAGAUACCACAGACCAUGGAAACCCUCCUUUCCCAACAUGGAAUCUGCUCUGCUUCCAUCCAAAGAAUCCAGUAUUUAACACAAUGGGAUAAAAUGUAUGAAAUGAUUGGAAAAGCAAUGAUUAUUUAUAAUGGCAUAGCUGAUGAGGAGAUCAAUACCUUUAUUGUGUGUGGAGACUCUUUGACAAUUGUAUGGCUGACCACUAUUAUAUUCAUACUGGAUCCCGGAGUUGGGCAGAGUUCCUUGGGGAAAGUGUGGCUCAUGACUGCCCAGAUUGAUUAUGUCUUAACAGGAGUGCAAAGAAAAUGGGAUCGACAGUUCUUUGAUGGUGCCAUUUUAUUCACAAUUCACUCAACAGAAAUUCCAGGGUUCAAGGAAUUCCUGAAGUCGAUAAAACCUCCUUGGAUUCAAGAAGAUGGAUUUUUUCCACUUUUCUGGGAACAAGUGUUUGAUUGUUUAUUGCCAUCACCUCAUUCGACCCCAGAGGACAACGAUAUUUGUACUGGAGAGGAAAAGCUGGAGGAUAUUCCUGGGUCUAUGUUUGAGGUGCAUCUUUCUGGGCACAGCUAUAGCAUCUACAAUGCUGUCUAUGUGUUGGCUCAAGCUUUAUAUACUCUCUUCUUACUUGGAUCUAAUCACAGGCAUUUGAGGAGACAUAAAUUAUUAGACUAUGAAGACACACAGCCAUGGCAGCUUCACCAAUUUCUUAAAGGCAUGAAAUUCAAUAAUUCUCUUGGAGACAUCAUAACAUUUUAUGAUCAAAAAAACAUGGAGGGUGGAUUUGAUAUUGUCAACAUAGUCACUUUUCCCAAUUCCACUUUCCAGAGACGUCAGAUUGGAAAAGUGGAUCCAGAUGCUCUCAAAGGACAGGAAUUAAUCAUUAAUGAGGACAUGAUAGCUUGGCAUAGAUCAUUUAACCAGGUGCUCCCCAUCUCUGUCUGCAAUGAACAUUGUCAGCCUGGUUAUCAGAAAAGGAAGAAUGAAGGGAAAAAAUUCUGCUGUUAUGAUUGCGUUCCAUGCCCAGAAGGGAAAAUCUCAAAUACGAUUGACAUGGUAGCUUGUGUCCAAUGUCCAGAAGAUCAAUAUGCAAACCAAGAAAGAAAUGGAUGUCUCCUGAAAAGGACAAACUUUCUGUCUUAUGAAGAACCUCUAGGGUAUAGUUUAGCUUGUCUUGCUGCUGUGUUCUCCCUCAUUACAAUAUGGGUGCUGGGAACUUUUAUUAAGUACAAGGACAGCCCUAUUGUAAAAGCCAACAACCGGAAUCUCACCUACACCCUCCUCAUCUCCCUUCUCUUCUGCUUCCUCUGCUCGUUGCUCUUUCUUGGACAACCUGGGAGAGUCACCUGUCUCCUCAGACAGUCUGCAUUUGUUCUCAUCUUCUCAUUGUCCAUCUCUUGUGUCUUGGCCAAAACCAUCCUUGUUUCUCUUGCCUUCAAGGCCACCAGGCCAGGAUCUCGGAUGAGGACAUGGGUGGGGAAAAGACUGGCUGUUUCUAUUGUCCUUUUCUGUUCUCUACUCCAAGCAAGCAUCUGUAUUGUGUGGUUAUCCACCUCUCCCCCAUUCCCAGAAUUAGACAUGCAUUCAACAACUGAAGAAAUGGUCCUACAAUGCAACGAGGGGUCAGUUGUUAUGUUUUAUUGUGUCCUGAGCUAUAUGGCCCUCCUUUCAUUUGCUAGCUUCAUUGUGGCUUUCCAGGCUCGUAAACUGCCCAACAGCUUUAAUGAAGCCAAGUUCAUCACAUUCAGCAUGUUGGCUUUCUGCAGUGUGUGGGUCUCCUUUGUGCCAACCUACCUGAGCACCAGGGGAAAAGCCAUGGUGGCUGUAGAGAUCUUCUCCAUUUCAACCUCCAGUGCUGUGCUCCUAGGAUGCAUUUUUUUCCCCAAGUGUUAUAUUAUUGUGUUUAGGCCUGAUUUAAACAACAAGGAACAAUUAAUAAAGAGACAUUCUUGAACAUA